AUGGCUCCGAACAUCGACUCGGCGCUGGGCACGGCCGACAUGGCCAACGAGCAGCGCGGCCUGCUCGAGCUCAUUGACAAGCUGCAAUUCGCCCAGCUUGACAACGUCAAACUGCCCCAGAUUGUCGUCGUCGGCGACCAGUCGGCAGGAAAGAGUUCGGUACUCGAGGCCAUCACUGGCACACCAUUCCCGCGCGAUGCUGGCGCAUGCACGCGCUUCGCGACCGAGAUUCGCCUGCGUAGGUCGAAUGAGGCGAGCCUCAACGUCUCCAUCAUCCCCGACAAGAACAAGACCUUCAAGGAGCAGGAGCGCCUGAAGCAGUUUGGCGGCGCCGUCGACACCGACAUGUCGUUUGAGGCGCUCAUGAAAUCGGCGGUGGACUUGAUUGCGCCAAAGAACAUCCCCGGCAGAUUCGCUGCCCGCGACAUCUUGGUGGUUGAGAAGAGAGGCCCCGACAUGCCUCUGCUCACGCUGGUGGAUCUGCCCGGACUUGUCAAGAACGCCAAUAACGAUCAGUCGAUGGACGACAUCAAGACCAUCGAGACGCUUUGUGACCGCUACAUGAAGAGCUCGCGCACCAUCAUCCUCGCCGUCGUCGGCGGCAACACCGAUUACGUGCAGGCGCCCAUUCUCACAAAGGCACGCCACUUCGACCCCUCUGGAAGCCGCACCAUUGGCGUUCUCACAAAACCAGAUCUCUGCGAGUCCAUCGGUCUCGAAGAUAAGUUCAUUGAACUCGUUCAGAACAAGGACAAGCAAAACUACUUUAAGCUCGGGUGGUACGUCCUCCUCAACCCUGGUCCCCGCGAUCAGGGCCAGCCAUGGCCUUCGGCGCGCGAACGCCGCCAGCGCGAGGAAGACUUCUUCGGCCGCGGAAAGUGGCGCGCGCUGCCCAGCUCAAUGUGCGGUGCCAACGCCUUGAAGCAAAAGCUCAGCGUCCAGCUGCAGCGUCACAUUGGCCGGCACGUCAAGACGCUGCGCAAGCAGAUCCAGAAGGCGCUUGACGACUGCGACACGGAGCUCAAGUCCAUGGGUACCGGCAAGGACACGGUCGAGGAGAUGCGCAUCGAGCUCGUCGAGCUCUUCUCGUCCUCCAAGGAACUGGUCAUCCCCGCCGUCUACGGUUUCUACAAGAACCCUCCCCGCAAAAACUUCUUCCGUGCCACGGCCGACCCCCGCGGCACGCCCGCUCAGAACCUGCGCGCCCGCGCUAUUGAAGAGAACGAGAAGUUCUCGCAGCGCAUCCGCCAGAAUGGGCGCAAGUUCGGCUUCUCUUCCUCGACGGCACCCGGGACAGCGGACGGCGUCACCAUUAGCGAAAGUAGCAAGAGAGAGUUCGUAGGCAGGGAAGUCGAAAUGCUCCUUCGCCAGAUCCGCGGUUCCGAGUUCCCCAUGGACCCGAAGCCCCGCGCCGUCUAUAUGCUCUUCCAGAGCUACUCGGAGAACUGGCCCAAGCUCGCCCAGGAGCACAAAGACAACCUCGGCGUGGUGUGUAACGAGUUCCUGAGUGAAGUCAUUGACUUUGCGUGGCCACAGCGCAUGCGCGAGCCGCUGCGCUACCAGUUCUUAGACGUGCAGAUGAAGAAGCUUAUGGCGGACGCGCAGCAGGAGCUCGAGCACCUGACACAGGACAUGAACCUCGAGAUUCAACCCUAUGACCCCGAGUAUGAGGAGCGCCUCCGGAAGUGGCAGAUGGAGUCUACCAAGGACGGCGCCACCUACACAGAGGCGCAGGAGGUGUGCGAGAAGAUGUUGAUCUUCUACGAGCUGGCGGCCAAGACCUUCAUCCGCAACACCAUCACCCAGGUCGUUGAGAGGCACCUGCUGCAGGGCAUGUACGGCAUCUUCAACUCGGUGGAGAUCUUGAACAUGCCGAACGAUAUCGUCGAAGCGAUCGCAGCCGAGAACAAGGAGACGCGCGACCGCAGGAUGACACUCAAGACGCAGAAGACAGCGAUUGAGGAGGCCCGCGACAUCUGCGCCAGCUUGGCCAUGCGCAAGGAGCUCCGGAUGUACGCCGACGAAGACCGCGACCUUGAGGAAAACAGUUCUGACUCGGACGAUGAUAAACCCCGCCAGCCGUCGGCACGGAAGCCGGUCAACAACAAUUCCAGCGCCAGCCCAACCCGGGAAGCGCACCGUUCUACGCGCUCCCGAGACGAGCGUGAAGAACGUCGGGAGCGCCCAGCAGCAGUGAGAAUACAGCCCUCCGCCGCCGAGUCCGCGGCGACCAACGGCAACUACUCCUACGCCGGCCACCAGACACCCGCGCAAGCCCCCGCUCCCCCGCAAACACCCGUUCCCCCGCAACCUCAAACCCAGGCUCCCGCCCUUGCCCCCCCGCGGCCCGAGCGGACGGAUCUCCCGCGUACGAACACGGGCAACUCCGAAUGGGACGACGAGUACUACAGGGCCCCGACGCAGCCGCCGUCCCAGGCGCCUCCCCCGCCUCCGCGCCCGCAGAAGCUGAGAACGGAAGAGACCGCUGCGGACGUGUACAGCCACCGCUCGGCGUCGUCGGUGUCGGAGCAGCAACAGGCCAACGGGUAUGGCAGCUACCAGGACCCGAAUGAGUAUCCGCCUUCGUCCACCAGGCGGGUGACGGCCAAGAAGCUGUUCGGUAGAAGUUAG